AUGUUUUCGCCCACAGUCAACGCUGGCGCUCCAGCUCCAGUAAGGAGUAGCAGGAGACGUCCACGCCCUCAUUCGAAUGAGAAUUCAAUAGCACAGCCAAAAAGCAAGAGAGUUAGAAGCUCAUACGAUGAUCAGACUUUUGCGCCAAAUGGUACACCCGAAAUAGAGGAAGCAAAAGUCAACAAAGUAGCUACGUUGACGAGGCGCGAAAGUCCUAAGGAGGUACCAAGUCAAAGACGAGAGAUUGUUGUACGAGGAAAGAAGUCGAAAGGAACGGAUAGGACUGGGAAAGGAGAUGGCAGUGUAGUUCUUACCAAAAAUGAUACCUAUACAGUUAGCAAAUUGCCAGCGCUCCCAGAUCAAAUUCGCGCAGAUAUCACAGCUCGUCAGCACGGCGCAAUAUAUUCAGAUAGCGGUUAUGCACUUGCUCUCACCCAUUCCCAUGCAUUCGUCUGGCCCUACGCUAUCAACAUCCCUUCCCCCGAAACAUUUACAUUCGCGUUACCUUAUAGCCAUAAGCAUAUAACCGACCCUCUUCCUCUUGGUUCGCUGGUCUCGCCCUCUGCGUCAUCCUCGGAGCCUGGUCUUGUCGUUGUUAUACCUACUGGUAAAAUCACAUAUUGGGAGUCUAUUGCAAGCGCCGCUACACUUGAUCUUAUUAAAUUAAAAAGCAAUGGAGUCGGAUCAACUAUACCAGGAAUGCUUUCCGGAGAAACCGUUGUGCAACUUUUGAAUGCGGAAACAGCCGGAUUUGUUCUGGCAUUCAGUACUGGGCGAUUGGCCUAUCUACGAGUCAGGGAUGGACAUGGAAGACCCGAAGUAUCUGUUCAAUUCUUGAGAGGAUCAAGCGGACCAUUGGCAGGAGGUCUUUUUGGUAGUAUUAGAAAUGUACUGUCUAGUACAGCAUGGCGUGGAGACAUUGCCGCCGUUCGCGCAGGACCACAGGAGCAUGUGGGAGAUCGAAAUGUGGUUGUCGCAACAGGAAAGGGGAGAAUACAACUUUGGAACCUUCAAAGGGAUGGGCAGAAUGCUCUUCAGGGGGAAGCUGAAGGACGGGAAGCAAUUGUUCUGGAAAUGAAAAAGGCAGAGCCUAUCCUAUUCGACCUCUCGAUAGAAACCUUCGAAGUUCUUGAUUUCACUUUUAUGCCACAAACACCAGAGGAUCGCGAAAAUGAAGGAGAUCGCUUACUUUUGUUAACAUCCCUCUCCAAUCGAUACACCAGUCACUACACUCUUGUUGAUGUUGUACUUAGGCGGGAUCAAUUGAUUGUAGAAGAUGUUCGACUGCUUAAAUCUUAUACCACACCAGUCAACAAAAAUGCGAUUUCAAAAGCUCGAAUUUAUCUACCAAGUCCUGCGCUGGUAGCAUAUGUUGUCUUUGACCGUGCUGUCGUUGUUGUUUCAAGGGCAAAACAAGUUGAAUCGCCCGACUCCCAGCUUCGCUCUGAAAAUCACACACUUUCGCCAUCAUUCGAAGAUGUGGUAGAUUUCAGGGAGGACACCAAUGUUGAGAUUGUCGGAUCCGGCAUGGAAGAACCCCAAAAUACUCCACAUGGAAUUGAGGAAGCAAAAUCGUUCAAAUACAAAGCAAAGAACCCAGCUGCUGUUCUUCUCGUUCGUGGUGGGGGUGUGAUUCGUGUGGCAGCUACCGACGUUGAUAAACUCGCAUCCAACAAAGGACAGCAAGUCACUGCAAAAAGCAAGCUGGAACAAGCAGUGUUUUUUGGUACAAUGGCACAAAAUCCUUUAAGCUUCGCAGGAAGAUCAGAAUUUCAGUUCCCUCCGGAAGAAGUUGGAGCUGCAGCUCUGGAAUUGAGUUUAGAGAUCGUGGCAUCUAGGACUCCUUUUAUUCCCUCGGUGUCUGCGUCUCUCGAACAACAUCUUAAGAGACGAGCAACAGCUCUCCAUGAUCUUGCUAAGCAUCUCAAAGCUACUGGCGUAGAAAUUGAUAGGCUCACACGAUGGAAGCUACUUUGGGAUGCAGAGAGAAUGUCGGCGGCAACAAUUAUCUGGCAGCGGUAUGACGCUCUUGUUCGAGAAUUACCAGACGACCAAAAGCGUGGGCUUCUCGCCGAUCUCGUAGAUCACAUUCAUGAAAAUCUCAAGACUGAGCCUGUUGCUGAAAGAGGCGAAGUCGAUCGCGUUCGACAUUUCUUUAUUCAUGAUGUUUUUAGAUUGGAAUUGGCGGUACCAUGGGCAUUCCAGAUGCUCAAGUACGCCUGGACGAAUGGCCAAGCUCCUGCUUCAGUGAUGGAGACGCUCAGCCAAUCCAACGAUGUAAUGAUUAGCGCAUUGGAGGGUGCGUUUGACUUUCGAAUGAAUAAUUUGAGGCUGUAUGGAUUACAAUCGGAAACAAUUUCACAUGGGGUAUUAGAAGAAGGCUACGAGGGACUUCCGGAGUUUUGGACCUCGACUUUUUACAUUGCAGAGAAUAUUCGAAAGCAAACAGACCUUGUCUCUACGCUAUUUGGAGAUUUCUGGAAUAAACCGGUUGCAGAGGACAGCCCCGAUCCUGCAACCCUCGAGAAAAUUCGACUGGAGCAUCCUAAUCUUAUCGACGUUGCCAUCCGAUCCAAUUUGGAGAGGAUACGUUGGGUAUCGGCUCAAGACUCACCACAACUUCAAAUGCAGGCAGAAGGACUCCAAACACUACAGUUCGAUGCCACAGAUAAACAGUUACAGCGCCUUGCAGAUACCUUCAGUCUCCCCGAUGAAGCAAUGAACUUGGCGGAAAAAUACGAAAUUCUACAAACCUUGGCAACUGUGCUGAUGUAUGAGGUCGGUAUUUGUGCCGAUAGGCUUCGUAUUCCGGGCAUUGACGAAGAAGACUAUGGAAAUCUCAAAAAGCGAGAGCAAGACCUCCGUGAUCGGAUGGACAAGUCUUUUGCAAACUUCGGUGCGAGUUGGGCUGCCGCUCUAUAUGAAUAUUACAUUGGCACAGGAGAAAUACAACAGAUGCUCAAUGAUUAUCAAAAUCAGCGAGCAUUCCUCACUGCUUUUCUACGCGAUAAACCAGAGUAUGCUAAGAUCGGUUGGAUUCAUGAGAUCACUCGAGAGAGGGAUUAUGAUGAGGCCGCGAGAAUGCUUCUUGAACUUGGAUUAGAUCGAGAGCGUGAUGUCUGGAGCAAAAAGGUCGAACUUAGUAUCGGCAAGCUUUCACGCAUGGCAGGUCGCAAUUAUAGUCAGGCCAACGGAAUCCUGAUUCCUGACGGAGGUGAAUCAGAACUUGUCAGAGCAAAUCAAGAGCUUGGAUUGCUCAAAAUUCAAGAUCUGAUUUACAAGUAUAUAUAUCCCACCAUCAGCACAGCCAUCGAUGAUAACGCGGAAGUCCAACUUGCUUUAGAAACUCAUGGCAACAAGAGUCUGAAACAACAAUUUUCUUUUAUGAACCUUCUUGAAAGUAGCAUCACUCAUCUGGUCAAGCAUGAAACAAUGGAUGCAUUCUGUUUGGUUGAUUUACUUACCCUCAUGGGUGAUAAUUUCAGAGCCAUGGAACAAGAUGACUUCAGCAUGAGUAGAUUUUAUUGGGCACUUGAAGCUAUUCGUUUAGGUGUCACAAACAAGGAAGAGAAGUUGCUUAUGCAGCGUGUUAUUUGGAGACGAUGUCUCUUAAGAGAUGACUGGGCUGCGAUGAAUAAUACAGAGGCUAAAGACGAUCAAUUUGUAGAAGAUCAGUUAAAGACAACAGCUUUGUAUUGGACACUCAAAGCCUGCUUCAAGAAUCGUAUCUUCGAAAAGGAUCUCACUAUCAGGUCAUUAACUCCUGAAGAAGUCCUUGGUGCAUGCACAGAAGAGCUAGAGCAACGCUGGUCUCGAAUUGACGCCAGUAUGCGCGAACGCAUGAUGCAAGACUAUCAAAUGGAAGACGAUGUAUUAACACAAUAUAUCGACACGGCUAGAAUAGAUAAGUGGCAUCAACAAGCAGCAGAACUUGCCAAACAGGAUUUUAGAGACGAAGUUGGAGCGGAAACGUCAGCUGGAUCAGUCAUGGAUAGAGAGGCGGCUAGGACUCUAGAAGAAUUGGAGAGAAGUAUAGCAGAUAAUGAAAAGGGGAAGGCAGAAGGAAUGCUCUUGUCGAAACCAAGACAUAGGGCGAAGAUAGGAUAUGAUGGAAGAGGGAGUGCGAGUGGGAGUCGGAGUGGAAGUGGACGACCGGGAAGCUUUAGAAGCUCACUUAAGUUGUAUUGA